AUGCAUCACUUCAAUCCGCCCCCCGAGAGAGUUCUCCGCCAACUCUGGUUCGUCCGUUUCGCGCGAUUGGGCUGGUCCCUGGUCAUUCACCAAACCCCCCACAGCCCCACAACACCGAUGAUUCCAUGGACUCUCACAUCCACGCCCAAGUACGCAGUAGAGGCACUGACGCCCUGCGCGGCCCCUGUAUGGGGAUCGACAAGGCAGCACCGAAUCGAUGGCCAAUUCUUGACCAACUUCGUGCUAGCUUAA